AUGAGUUUUACCUUGACGGAAGAGCAGAAAUCAAUUCAACAAAUGGCUCGCAAAUUUACACGCGAAGAAAUCAUCCCAGUAGCUGCUGAGCACGACCGAACAGGAAAAUACCCUACAGAGAUUAUCAAGAAAGCAUGGGAACUAGGUUUGGUCAACACCCACGUUGAUGCCAAAUAUGGCGGCAUGAAUCUGGGUGUCUUGGAUAGCGCUAUUAUUUCUGAAGAAUUGGCUUUUGGUUGCACAGGUAUCCAGACGGCUAUUGAAGCCAAUAAUCUUGCUGAAGCGCCUCUUGUGGUUGCGGGUAGUGAUGCUCAAAAGGCAAAGUAUUUAGGGCGUAUGACGGAAGCACCCCUAAUGGCUUCUUAUGGCGUAACUGAGCCUGGUGCCGGUUCUGAUGUGGCUGGUUUAUCUACAUCUGCCGUAAAGAAAUCCGAUGGUAAUUGGGUGUUGAAUGGACAAAAAAUGUGGAUCACAAAUGCAGGUCAUGCCAAUUGGUUCUUUGUGCUUGCAAGAACAGAUGCUAAUGCAAAUGCUGGUAAUGCAUUCACUGGUUUUAUUGUAGAUGCCGAUACGCCUGGUAUUACAUUGGGCCGUAAAGAAAUCAAUAUGGGUCAACGAGCCUCGGAUACUCGUGGUGUUACCUUUGAAGAUGUAGUUGUUCCAGCUGAAAAUGUCUUGGGUUCUGAAGGCCAAGGGUUCAAGAUUGCCAUGAAAGCAUUUGAUAUCACUCGUCCUCUUGUUGCUUCUGGUGCUGUGGGUCUCGCUCGACGUGCUUUGGAAGAAGCAACACGCUAUUCUUUAGAACGCAAGACUAUGGGCAAACCCAUUUUUAAUCAUCAAGCUGUUUCAUUCAUGUUGGCAGACAUGGCUAUCGGUAUUGAAAGUGCUCGAAUGAUGGUCUAUCGCUCUGCCUUUAUGCGUGAUCACGGCGAGCGAAACACAUGGCAUGCUAGUAUUGCUAAAGCUUAUGCAGGUGAUGUAGCCAACAAAUGUGCCACUGAUGCUGUUCAAAUCUUUGGAGGUAAUGGUUUCAAUACAGAUUACCCUGUCGAAAAAUUGAUGCGUGAUGCCAAAAUUUUCCAAAUCUAUGAAGGCACUGCACAGAUCCAACGUUUAAUUAUCUCUCGUGGACUGGCAGAUGCUGUCAAGUCUGGUGCUGACGCCCUUGGUGGUUUUUAG